CUGCAUUUUUUGCUUCGAUAGUUGGUAAAUUUCAGGGUUCAUGCACUGGUAUAGAAGGUUCUGAUUUUUAAAUUCAUUUUCUUUUCUUUUUCAUAUGUUUCAACAUUUGCGGUGCUCUUUGGCGCUAGUUUGUUGCUGUGUUUUGUAAUUGUGUAACUGUUGUUUAUUUGGAAAUUAGUUGGUGCACUACUACAUCCAAACCAAACACCCCCCCCCCCCCCCCCCCCCCACCAAAUUAGCUGUGACAUGCGGCUCGGACAGCUUUAGUUGACAUGUUUGCUAGAUGUGGCGACCCUCAAAGUGCAAUGAAGGUGUUCGAUAACAUGGCAAGAAGAGAUGUUUCUGCUUGGACAGCAGCCAUUGGAGCAAUGGCCAUCCAAGGAAAUGGGGAGCGAGCUAUAGAGCUUUUCGAUGACAUGCUUAAGCAAGGGGUGAAACCAGAUGAAGUAGUCUUUGUGGCAGUACUAACAGCAUGCAGCCAUGUUGGUCUUUUGGUCUUCUGGAUAUCAUUGUUUUUUCAUUUGUUGGUUUUUCUGAGCUUUUAAAUUAUAGUGGUUAGUAACAUUUGAAAUUAGCAAAAGGGAGUUGCAUCAACUAAUCAGCAUAUAUGGAUAGCUUGGAUCUGGGGUUACCAUACUAGCACCUUAAGAAAGAGGAGCAAGUACGUCUAGUUAUAUUUGGAAAGAACUUUGAUAUUAGUAAAUGGCUCCAUGGAUUAAUGGCAAUUUUGUUUUGUAUAUCUGUUCUUGAAAAGGUCUGACUGCCUGUAUUCCAUUGCAGUGAUCAAGUAGUGUGGUUGAUGAGACUGAUUAUCUGCAGAGUCAUAGGUAAGUGGCAUGAGGCUAUUUAGAGGCUGCUGCAGGAUGAGUACAAAUUUACAAUAUGUAGGUAUGUAAAUGUAAUAAUCUUCUAAUGAAUACCUGAAUCUUUUCCUUUUCCUUUUCCAAGUUUUUAAUUUUAAUUUUUAACUUAGAUGGUGCUGGUUUUGUGUCGUUAUAUUGCAGUAUAACAGUACGCAUCUAUGAUUAUUCAAUCAUUAUUCUACAUGUUUCUGAAACCUGUUUAGUAAAAUGAACAGAACAUUGAAAAAUGGCUCAUUCUUUAGCAAACUUAUUCUUCCUCUGUAAAUUUAGAAAGUAGUUGGAAGGAUUGGAGUACCCUCAAUUUAAAGAUCUAUAAACUGAGGUUUCGAGUAUCUCAGCUCUAGCAACUACACCAUCAUCGUAUUUAUAUUGAGUAUCUAAAUGUUGCAUCCAAAUCCGUCCAGAAGGCCCAAACCAUGUCUGCUUCAAUUGAAUCCCGACUGUUGUUUCACCCAUGUCUGCAUUGGGGGCAGAAAGGGGCAAGAUCUAUCUUGAUUUUUACUGCAUUAGUAGUGCUACCUUGUUACUCCCAUUACCAUGUUUAUCAUGUACAAUUAACUCUGGUAUAUUUUGAUGAGCAUUGACUGAAGAAAAAUUCAAAUUUUAGCGUAGCAAGUGUAACUUCAUAAUUGAGCAUAUCGAUAAGAACUACAUAGGUCACUUGAAAUUGACAUAUACAGUGACAGUCCUAAAUAUGUAUAGUUUGUUAGUUAAUACUUGCACUAUUAUGAGACAGGUUAGCUAGUGGCUACACAUAAGGUAUCGACAUUGAUAUUAAUCCCCUAACACUUGAUAUAAGGAAAAAGAGAAGAACAUGACAUUAAUCCCUAAAUUGUUAAGGAACAAAAUCGUUGUCUCUAUCUUUGUCUUUCAUUUUUCUUUCUUUCUAGAAUAUGUUCCAAAACCUCUGUAUACAGUAUUCGCCAAAUCACUCUUUAGUUAAGUGAUUAAAACUUUCUUUCUAGAACAAGAGUCAGAUAAUGCUAAUUUUCGUUAAGAAGUAGAAAUCAGCAAUGAACUUUGGCCUCCUUGAGCAAUGUUGGCUGGCUUUCUGUUUCCCAAUCAGUGUGCAUUUGGCCAUUUGCUUUUGGUUUUGGUUUUUGAGUUACUUUAUAAUUGUAGACACAAGGAUUCAACAAACGCAGAGGAUCUGAUAGUCGGAGGUUGGCUACAUGAUGAUGAGAUCAGGUUUGCCGUAUGCGUUCUCAUUGCCAACAGUGAAUUGGUCCCACCGUUUUCAGAGAAAAUUGAUGAUCAGGGAGGAGAGAAGUAUAGAAACAUCAGAAUAGUGCCACUGGGAAUAAGCUAAGCUAGAAGCAAAAGUGUUUGCUGUUCACCUUAGUUGUGCCCCUUGUGCCUACAUUAUUUUCCUAGGAUUUUGAUCCUCAGAAACAGUUCCAUGGAUGACCGCAGUUUUGAAUUCUAAAGUGUACUUCAAAAGGGCCAACUGCAUUUCUUUUUCAGUUAAGUGAUUAACAGGGGUGGUUGCUGAAUAGGUUUCAGGAGCAGUGAUCAACUGGCAUGAUGCCGCGGAUUCCAUCUUAAUAGGCUGCUGCAGGACGGCAACAUAUAAGACUACUUGGGAUAUUAACCAAGCAACUGAUACUUGAUAAUUAAACAAAACAAAUUGCAAUGAGAAUUUAUGACAUAAUUGAGAACUCAUUUCCCUAUGCUAGUAGUAAGUUAUCUCAUUUAUGACAUAAUUGAGAACUCAUUUCCCUAUGCCGUAUGCAAUCUCCUCCCUAGAAAAUACAUUGAACCGAAACAAAAUGUACACAGUAGACGAGAUAAUUUCCCUGUUCCAUCAAGCAUCAAAGUAAUGAUUUUCCAAGUCUUUAAAGUCAUCACCACUGAAAAAUAAAAAAUAAAAAGGAAAAUCUUCCAAGAUAAUUUUAGUCCAAGUGAAAUUGCAAAGAAAGAAGAACAAGGCUCGUAGAGGUUCUGAUUUAGUCACUUUCAACCUCACAAUUCACAUUGCAGCAGGAACCAAGAAACUAUCUUCUUGAGAGUUGAGAUCUCAUAUCUACAAUACAAAAGCACUCCAGGAAGGCAACAUUCAACAGAUCGAGCAGAGCAAGCAAAAUAUGGUUUCUCUGACCCAUGAAGCAGCCAGUUCUUUAUCUUCUUCUCUCCCACAUUCUUCUACUGAUCACCAAAAUCAUUACACAUACGAGGUUUUCCUGAGUUUUCGAGGCGAGGAUACACGCUUUAAUUUUACAGAUCAUUUGUAUACUGCUUUGUGUCAGAGGGGGAUUGAGACCUUCAGAGAUGAUAAGCUUAGCAGAGGAGAAAACAUAUCACAAGAGCUCCUCAAAGCAAUUGACGAGUCGAGAGUUUCAAUCAUAGUCUUCUCUCAAAAUUAUGCUGCCUCAAGGUGGUGCUUAGAAGAACUGGUCAAGAUACUUGAAUGCAGAAAAUCAAAAGGGCAAGAGGUUAGAUCAGUUUUCUACAAGGUAGAUCCCUCAGAUGUACGGAAUCAAACAGGUGCUUUCGGUGACGCAUUUGCUACGCUUGAUCAAUGCAAAUACAAGGAUAGCAUGGAUAAAUGGAAGGCAGCUCUUAAGGAAGCAGCAGAUUUGUCUGGCUGGCCUGUCCGGGACGACGAGUACGAGGGUAAAUUUAUAAAUGAUAUUGUUGGGGAGUUGUCUGCCGGAGUAGUAAACCCUUCAUGUGAGUUGCAUGUUACUGAACAUCCCAUUGGAUUAGAGUCUUGUAGACAAGAUGUCAUCAGACUUUUACAUGUUGACGAAAAUAUUGUUCGCAUGGUAGGCAUAUGGGGGACUGGUGGGAUAGGAAAGACCACAAUUGCGAAAGAUGUGUUUAAUUCAAUUCGCCAUAAGUUUAAACGUAGUUGUUUCUUGGCAGAUGUUAGAUCAAAUGGCCUAACCCAAUUGCAAGAGACACUUUUGUUUGAUAUCUUAGAAGACUCAACUUUGAAGGUGCGCAGUGUUGAUAAAGGAGUCGGUUUGAUAAAGACAAGGAUGCGAAAUAAAAGAGUUCUCUUAAUCCUUGAUGAUGUGAGUCAUUCUAGCCAAUUACAGAACUUAGUUCCAUCCCCUCAUUGUUUUGGACCGGGCAGUAGAAUCCUCAUAACAACAAGAGAUAAACGUUGUCUAACUACUCAUGAAGUUGAUGAAGUAUACGAGGUCAAAAUGUUAGACUAUAGUCGAGCUUUGGAGUUGUUUAGGUUAAAUGCAUUCAAAAGAAAUGGACCUCCAGAAGAUUAUCUGGAACUUGCCCAACGUGCUAUUUACUAUGCCCAAGGCCUUCCUUUGGCUUUGAUAGUUUUAGGCUCUCAUCUAUUUCGUAGAAGCAGAGAAGAGUGGGAAGCAACAUUAAUAGGUAGUUGUAAAGGAGGUCCUCAGACGGAGAUACAAGAUGUUCUUAGACUAAGUUAUGAUGCUCUUGGACCAGAUUUAAAAGAAAUAUUUCUUGAUAUCGCUUGCUUCUUUAAAGGUAUGGAGGUCCACCAUGUGAAACAAAUACUAGAAGCUUGCUACGACCUCAAAUCGGUGACUAGUAUUGCACAACUACAAGAAAAAGCCUUAAUUAGAAUUGAUAGAUAUGAGCCUCGGACAAAUGGAAUAGACAAAGGUUGUAUUUGGAUGCAUGACUUGAUAGAAGAAAUGGGUAAAAACAUUGUGUAUCAAGAGUCGCCCGGUGAGCCUGGGGAACGCAGUAGAGUCUGGAGUGGAGAUGAUGUCGACCACGUUCUAACAAAUAAUACUGGAACAAAAAAUAUUAUAGGCAUUCAAGUCUCGCGGCGAUCAUCUACGAUAUAUUUGAAUGCUAAAAGCCUCUCAAAGAUGACGAAUCUUAGAUAUAUUUCUAUGAGCACGUAUAUGGAAUAUGAAUGUUUUUCUGGAGAUAUUGAUUAUCUCUCCAACCAGUUGAGGUGGCUUGGUUGGCCUAAUAGUCCGUUGCAAUCUUUUCCAUCUGAUUUUCAUGCAAACAAACUUGUAAAGCUCAAUAUUUCUGGCAGCUGCGGAAUCACACAACUAUGGAAGGGACGUAAGAAUUUUUCAAGGCUAACAUAUAUGAAUUUAAGGGGUUGUGAAUCCCUAACAGAACUCCCAGACUUCAGUGGAAUCCCCAACUUGAAAGAGUUGGAUCUAUCUGAUUGUAAGAGUUUAGUUGAGGUUCCUGAUUUCGUUGGAUUCCUUCGUAACCUUGUUACCUUGAAUGUGGACCGCUGCUCUAACCUUAUUAUGUUUCCAAGAAAAAUCAACUUGAAAUCCGUGGAAACUAUUUCUGUUAGCUAUUGCAAGCUUGAGGAAUUUUCAGAAGUUGGGGAAGAGAUGGGUUCAUUGACAAAUUUGGAUCUAUCAGGAACUUACAUUAAAAAUUUGCAUUCGUCAAUCACAAAACUUAUUGGUCUAGAAAAGUUGAAACUACUGAAUUGUCAAAAUCUUACAACUUUGCCUUAUAAUAUUUAUGAGUUGCAAAAUCUAAAGGUUCUUGAUGUGAGUAGAUGCUCAAAACUGGCUACAUUUCCAAAAGUUCCAAUAAGGAUGGAUUCUUUGAGACAACUUUUUCUAGCAAGCAGUGAUAUCAGAGAAUUGGAUGAAUCAAUUGGAAAUCUCAUUGGGCUUGAAAAGUUGUUCCUCAGUCUUUGCAAAAAUCUUACAACUCUACCGUGCAGCAUUUAUCGGUUGCAAAAUUUAGAGAAGCUUUAUCUUUAUAACUGCUCAAAACUUGUUAGAUUUCCUACAAAUACCAACAUUUUGAAUGUCUAUGGUUGCUCAUUAUCACUUCCCAAGCUACGUUCAUUAAGUAUCAGAGGAUGUGGUUUAUCAGAUUGUGAUUUCCUCAUGACCCUUGAUUGCUGGGAAACAUUAUACUUCCUUGAUCUGUCAUUUAACAAUUUUGUUAGUCUUCCUGCUUGCAUCACCAAAUGUGUCAACUUGCGAUGGUUUUACUUGGAGGGUUGCAAGAGACUCCUAGAAGUUCCGGAGCUUCCACCAAACUUGGAAGAUUGUGAAUCACGACAAAAAUUCUGGAAAUUGUCAAAUCCUGGAGCUGUGAUAGAGGCGGCGUCGCCGUCAAGUGAAGAUCAUCAUCCAAAUUCUGGAAACUGUCAAAUCUUGGAGCUGUGAUAGAGGAGCCAACUGCUAUUUAUAUGCAGUGUGUGUCCCACCUGCUAUUUAUUUACACUUGAAGCUUCAGUGUGCCAGAGCUAAUCAGCAUUUUUCAGUAUGCGAGGUUGUUUCAGAAUAACAGUGUGUAUUAAGUGAUCGUAUGUGGUGGUUGAUGAGAGUCUUCUAAUUCAUUAGAAAGUGGCAUGAGUCUCUUUAGAGGUUGCUGCAGGAUCAGGCUCUUUCCAGAAAGCAUUUCUACUCAUCAAAACUGAUCAUUGACCAAUUCCCUGAAGAAAUCCUACCCAUGUCUGCAUGAAUUGAAUCCCAACUGUUGUGUCACCCUGUGUGAUACUUGUGGUAGUCUGCAAUCUGCAUUAAGGGAAGCAAAGUUCACUCAGAUGUGUUUUUUUACAGUGGCUUGAAGCAACCACUUGAAACGCUGCUGCAGUUUCAACUUCACGUUUUAAAUUGCGAGAAUCGAGAUUUUUGUGAGUCUUCCUUCCUUGAAGAUUUUCCAAUUUCGGGUUUUCUCUUUGUUCUAACUUCUAAAUUCUGCAGAUAUUUUGCUUACUAGGGUUGACAUUUGUACACAUUUGGUUUUUCCUCCCCUUUAUUCUCCGUGUCAUUUGUUUUGAUUAAUAUAUUGAAUGACAAACAUAUAUUUAUUUUCAUGAUAAUCUUUAUAUCAGUAGAUUGAUUUUCAAACUUAAGGAUUGGACUAUAUAAUUGGUCUACUUGACCAACUUUCCGAGUAGUUAAGAAUAUGCACUCUUUGGUUCUGGUUGUAAGACAGACAUUGCUGUAUUAUAUGGGAAUGUAUGAUGAGGCUGCUUCUUAGAAGCCAAUCUGCAGGAUUUGUAAAAAGCUUGUAUAUUUUGUUCACAUCUAGAAAUAUAACAAUACAAUAAACAAGUCUAAGAAUUUAACAAAAAUUUCACAUGACAAAAAUAACAAGCAUAAUAUAAUACUUGGAAGAACCUAAAGGCAUUUAAUAGUUUCUUUGUGUUAUUGUGGAGAAUAUUCAUGGCCAUCAGCUCUGCAAUUAAGGUAGUACAUACAAACGAUCCAGUAUUAAUAUUUGGUUUCUAGUUCAUUUUUUUGGUUUCACUUGUUAUUUACUACUGUGUUUCUGGGUGAUUGACUGAUUAAUGUUAUACAUUUAGAUUGUUGCUUCCGUUUGCAGUGGGAACUUUAAACUCUCCACUUGGAAUGGUUGCAGAUUCGGGCAAAGUCUGGUAAAAGUUGAUCUGAUUGAAUUUGAGAUGACUGAAAAUAAGCUAGAAGUAAAGGGUGAUGCGGCAGGCACGUGCUUACCUUCUUGGGGAAGUAAAAGUUGGUUUUCUUUGUUUCUAAUGAUGGAAUUGACGGUGUGAGUACUGCUUCUUAGAGUCAUGCAAGCAAGUUGGUGCUGUAAAUAUCAAAUGAACCCCACCUAGAUUUGUGCACUGAUGGAUUUUACCUAUUUCAAUUUUCAAAGUUGGAAGGUUACCAGCAAACAUGCAUAUGGUGAUAUGCCUCGAGAGUGGUGAGACUCUUAUGAUGGUCUGAGCAAGGAAUGAGCUGGGGUGGUUGAUCAAGAGUUUGCAGCAGACGUAGCCAUAGGCAAGUGGCAUGACAUAGUGCUUCCCUGAUUCGAAGCUCCAAACAUCAUGGGGCCAAUAUCUAAGGCUUACUGGAGUUCCAAAAACUGAUUGAUAUGCACGUUACAUUUCCAAAAACUAAUGGAGUUCCAAAUCUUGUUACAUUUCCAGAAAUUAAAGGAAAGAUGAAUUCCUUAAAAAGAGUUGUGUUUAAGAGGCUGUGGCAUUACAGAAUUGCAUCUGUCAAUUGGAAAUC